UCGGCUACUCUGAGUGUCCUAAACAGCCUGCCGUCUUCAUGACUGUACACGAUCUAAGAGAAUUAAACGCCAUGCUCAACCUUUACAGUCUGACCACGCCUAUCCUUCUUCACAAGAUGAAGUCUGUAAUCCUACAACCAGCCCACUACAAACCAAGCUGAAAAGAGACUUUCUCAUUUAUGCACGUCGAUAAGGAACCUUUGAGACACAUAAAUGGCUGAACAACUGUUGAUUACCUCAUCAGGCAAAAUUACAUCGCACCUCACAUUAUCCCUGCUGGCUGUGGCUUUCCUCACCUCAUUUGGUAGCUCUAUGCUAUAUGGCUAUAAUUUAGCUGUGGUGAACUCUCCUGCAGGGUACAUUAAGGACUUUUAUAACCAUACUGUUGUGAGUCGAAAUGGGACUGGGCUGAAUGGAGAGCAGUUGACGCUCAUGUACUCACUCACUGUGUCUGUCUUCGCCAUUGGAGGCCUGAUCGGCUCCUUGAUGGUGGGCAUGCUCGUCACCAGAUUUGGAAGGAAAGGGACUGUGGUCAACUCUACUGUACUGGUCUUCAUAGCAGGCUCCCUAAUGGGCUUCAGCAGAAUCUGUCACUCACCCGAAAUGAUUAUUUUUGGUCGCUUCAUCACAGGAAUUCAUUCAGGGAUCUCUCUGAGUGUGGUGCCCAUGUAUCUGGGGGAAAUUGCCCCUAAAAACCUGAGAGGCUUUAUAGGCCUCAUGCCCAGCAUAUUUAUCUGCAUUGGGGUCUUCUCUGCUCAGCUCCUGGGCCUGCAUGAACUCCUUGGAAAAGAGGAACACUGGCCCCUCUUUCUCUCCUUGGUGGUUAUCCCAACCUUUGUCCAGCUGAUGCUGUUGCCAUGGUUUCCAGAAAGUCCACGUUAUUUGUUGAUUGAAAAGCACAAUGUCCAUGCCACCAUCACAGCUCUGAAGUGGUACAGGGCCAGAUGUAAUAUUCAGGCUGAGAUUGAGGAAAUGCAGGAGGAGCAGCGCUCCCUGUUCACUGUUGAGACCGUGUCUGUCUGGCAGCUGCUGCUGGACCCUACAGUCCGCUGGCAGGUCCUCUCUGUGGUCGUCAUUAACAUCGGGAUGCAGCUGUCUGGUAUAGAUGCAAUCUGGUUCUACACCAAUGACAUUUUCGAGAAUGCUGGGAUACCAGCCCCUGAGAUCCCAUACACCACUGUAGGAACGGGAGCCAUAGAGAUCAUCGCAGGUCUCCUAGGGUGUUUCACAAUUGAGCGGCUCGGAAGAAGGCCACUGAUAAUUGGAGGUUUUGGGGUCAUGGGCCUCUGUUGUGCUGGGAUAACAUUUUCUCUUGUACUACAGACACAUGUGCAUUUCAUGAAGUACGUGAGUGUGGGCUGUGUAGUUGGCAUCAUUGCUGGGUUCUGUAUAGGACCAGCUGGUGUCCCGUUCCUGAUCACGGCAGAACUGUUUAAACAGUCCCAUCGUCCUGCUGCUUAUACUGUGGGAGGCUCUCUAAACUGGAUGUCCAAUUUCACUAUUGGUUUCAUCUUCCCUUUCCUACAGAUGUUGGCAGGGUCCUACUGCUACCUGGUGUUCAGCAGUGUGUGCUUGGUAGUAGCUGUCUAUGUGUUCUUUGUCAUUCCUGAGACGAAGAAUAAGACGUUUAUGGAGAUCAGUCAGAUGUUUGCCACUAAAGAGGCGGUGGUAGAGAGCCAGGCCCUCAGUCAGCCAGAUCAGCUUAAACUGAAGAAGAUGAAUGGUUAUGGAACACUAGAAAAUGGCUCACUUGAAUUCGACAGCUCCUCCUCUGGUCCCUGAGAGCAGAGAGGAGAGUACAUUUAAUCAACCGGUAUUCCAACAUGGCCUCGCACUUGUAAAUUUGUAAUUAUUAAUAACAAUUUGAGAAGAUAUGAAGUUUAAUAUUAGGGUUAGGGUCAUGGUUUGUGUUAAAAAUACAGUUUACAUUAUAGCUGUAUGAACAGCAUGAUCUACAUGCAUAUAGUAUCUAGCCAUUGUCACAUUUAGAAUAUUUAUAGAUUAUUUGAUGUUAAUGUAAAUUAAAUUCAGUAUUCAAAUUCAAUAUCCGCCAUACAUGUAAAGACCAUUGUGCUAUUUUUUUUUUAAAUAUAAUUUCCUUAAUGUAUCACAGUGACCAAAUGUGUAUUGGCAUAUUUUAUAACCUUUUAUAUAAAGGUUUUUUUUUUUUUACUUCUUUUGCAUAUAUAUAUAUAUAUACACACACACACACUAAGAUUGAGGUUUAUUCAGAAGGAAAAUUAUAUUUCAAGGCACUGUACUGUAUGAAAUAAUGUACAUACUACAUGCUAUAAUAUUGAUGAAUUUUUAUAUAUUAAUGUAGCUAAAUGGCAAAUGUUUUGGUUAAAAAAUCCAGGGUCCAUUGUUUUUGUAAUUUUUAAUGUAAAUGUAUUUGACCUGAUGUUUAAUGAGAGUUAAGAAUAUUCAAUUUUUAAAACCUCACAAAUAAAAGUGC